AUGGCCCGUCCUCUACGAGAUGCCUUCCAAAUCGGUUGGAUCUGUGCCCUUCCGAUCGAGGCUGCAGCCGCCGCCGAAAUGCUAGAUGAGGACUUUGGGAUUCUCGAGGAGCAAGAUGCAGCGGACUCAAAUACCUACACACUGGGCAAAAUCGGCAAACACCACGUUGUCAUCGCCUGCCUCCCUGGAGGCCAGUACGGAACCACGUCAGCUACUACGGUCGCAAACAACAUGCUUCGAACUUUCUCCAAGUCACUUCGAGUCGGACUGAUGGUCGGUAUUGGGGGUGGAAUCCCCUCAGCUGCUCAUGAUAUCCGCCUCGGCGAUGUCGUGAUUAGCUACCCCCAAGGCACUUGCGGUGGGGUGAUUCAAUAUGAUAUGGGCAAGAUUAUUGCAGAUGGUGAAUUCGAACGAACCGGCUCAUUGAACAGUCCGCCGAGGGCACUAUUGACCGCACUUGGCACGAUGAGAGCCGCCGCGCUGAGGGAUGACCCCCGCUACCUGGAAUAUGUCCAAAGCGCAAUCGGAAGAACCACUCGAACUCGGAAGAAUUUUAGCCGGCCUACUACACAGUUAGAUCGACUCUUUCAGACGAAACAUGAUCAUCCUACUAGUGCGAGUAGCUGUGAUGGAUGUCCAGCGGAGUGGGAACAGACCAGAGGUGAACGCGAGGACAAUGACCCACAGCCCCAUUAUGGCAUUAUUGCUUCUGGUAAUAAGGUCAUCAAGCACGGGCGGACAAGAGAGCAACUUCGUUUGGAGACUGGGGCAUUGUGCUUCGAGAUGGAGGCGGCUGGUCUGAUGUUGGACUUCCCCUGCGUUGUUAUCCGCGGUAUUUGUGAUUAUGCCGACUCGCACAAAAACAAACAAUGGCAGGGAUAUGCUGCCCUGGUAGCCGCAGCACAUACAAAAGAGCUGCUGGGCUAUAUCCCCGUUGGUCGUGUUUCACAAGAGAGGUUGGUAGUAGAUAUAUGCAAUGGAUUGAAGGCUGAAAUUGAAGGCACAAAUCAACGCCUAGAUCAAGCAUACAUUCAACAAGAACAACAUCACCGCGAGAAAGUCGCAUUUGCUUUGACGGAUCAACAACUCCGCUGUCAUCAAACAUUCAAGGUAUCAAAUUAUGAGGAGCAAAAGAAUAUAAAUCCUAGAAAAGUGGAGGGAACCUGCCUAUGGGCUCUACAAAGCCCUGAGUAUAUCCGUUGGUCAGGGAGCAGCCGCAACGAUCUUCUCUGGGUGUCGGCCGACCCAGGCUGUGGGAAGUCUGUACUUUCCCGGUCGAUGAUUGACUGCUUAGAAAUUUCCUGUCCAGAAGUAACAAUCUGUUACUUCUUCUUCAAAGACAACCAUGAACAGAAUCAUCUUGCUUUAGCACUUUGCUCGGUACUCCAUCAGCUUUUCAGCCAGCGGCCUCAGCUCUUGCGUCAUGCCAUACCAUCUUGGGAAAAGAAUGGGGAGAAGCUCCGACAAGAGGUUGACGAACUGUGGAGAAUUUUUACCACCGCCGUAUUAUCUGAUGAAUUACAGAAAACGAUUUGCAUAUUCGAUGCGCUUGAUGAAUGCCGUGAGAUUGAUCAGAAUCGACUGAUUGAGAAGCUCCAGUCAUUUCACCGCCUAUCCCGUCCGCGGACACCCGCUAACUGGUUAAAGUUCCUAGUCACUAGUCGCCCUUAUGACGAUAUCCAGAAUAGUUUUCGAGCGAUCACGGACUCUUUCCCACAUCUCCAUCUGAAAGGGGAGGAAGAAAAUGAUCAGAUCCACCAAGAAAUCGAUCUUGUCGUGAAGAUGCGAGUAAAAGAGCUGGCGGAGGGAGUGGCGUUGUCACAGGACACACAGCAGCGACUCGAGCAACAGCUUCUGCAAAUGGAGCACCGCACAUAUCUCUGGCUACAUUUAGCCAUUCAUGAUAUUCGAUCUACACUCGAGAACAGCCUUCGCCCGGCUGAGGAGUCAAUCGAGGUGAUACCUCAAUCAGUAGAUGAGGCAUACGAGAAGCUUCUUAGUCGAGUGCCCUCCGGUCAAGUGGACAUUGCGAGGAAGAUCUUACAAAUCAUCGUUGCAGCACGGCGUCCUUUAACAACGGCGGAAAUGGCCAUGGCGCUCGGUAUUGCCACCUCCCCACAAGCCCAGACUGCAGCAAAGGCUGGACUUGAACUAUCCCAGAUCGACAAAAAGCUCCGUCGAUUAUGUGGCCUUUUUGUGUUCAUCAAUAACUACAAGAUCUAUUUGAUUCAUCAAACAGCAAGGGAGUUUCUUGUUAAGAAGAGUAGUUCAAACAGUACCAACUACUUAUACUCGUGGAGCUUGACUGACACCGAGGAUCAAAUGGCUGUUCUCUGUUUGCGAUACCUACUGAUGAAGGAUCUGGAACAUGAUGAUGUGGAUCCAAGCUCUAACAUUCGAAGCUUUCUAGAUUAUUCAGCAGUAUAUUGGCCGGACCACAAACGGAAGAUGAGUCUGACCCAAGACCAAGAAGCGACCGGUCAAGUUCGGCAAAUGUACGAUAUGAGUAGAAAAAGAUUUUCAUUGUGGUUCCCUAUCUUUUGGAAGGCUAUCCGGAGUUACGGGAUUCCGCCGGCAAUAACUGCUUUACAUCUGGCAUCAUUUAACGGUCAUGAGCGGGAGGUUGAAUUUCUACUAUCUAUCAGAGGAAAAGAUAUCAAUUCCAUCGAUGGUACCGGAACCUACCCCAUUAUCUCAGCCUCAUUCAAUGGUUAUGAGAAGAUUGUACAGCUGCUGCUCGAGAGAGGAGCCCAGGUCAACGCUCAAGACGGAGUGUUUGGAAAUGCCCUCCGAGCUGCCUCUGUUGGAGGACACGAGAAGAUUAUACAGCUGCUGCUCGAGAGAGGAGCCAAGGUCAACGCCCAAGGUGGAGUGUUUGGAAAUGCCCUCCAAGCUGUUUCUGAUAGAGGACACGAGAAGAUUGUGCAGUUGCUGCUCGAGAAAGGAGCCGAAGUCAACGCCCAAGAUGAACGAUUCGAGAAUGCUCUCCAAGCUGCGUCUUUAAGAGGACACGAUAAGAUUGUGCAGUUGCUGCUCGAGAAAGGAGCCGACGUCAACGCCCAAGGUGGAGAAUACGGGAAUGCUCUCCAAGCUGCGUCUUGUCAAGGACAUGAUAAGAUUGUGCAGUUGCUGCUCGAGAAAGGAGCUGAUGUUAACGCCCAAGGUGGAGAAUACGGGAAUGCUCUUCAAGCUGCGUCUUUAAGAAGACAUAAUAAGAUUGUGCAGUUGCUACUCGAGAAAGGAGCCGACGUCAACGCCCAAGGUGGAAAAUUCGGGAACGCUCUUCAAGCUGCGUCUUGUCAAGGACAUGAUAAGAUUGUGCAGUUGCUGCUCGAGAAAGGAGCUGAUGUCAACGCCCAAGGUGGAGGAUACGGGCAUAGUCUCCGAGCUGCGUCUUCUGGAGGGCACGAUAAGAUUGUGCAGUUGCUGCUCGAGAAAGGAGCUAAGAUCAACGCCCAAGAGGGAGAAUACGGGAAUGCUCUCCAAGCUGCGUCUUUAAGAGGACACGAUAAGAUUGUGCAGUUGCUGCUCGAGAAAGGAGCCGAGAUCAACACUCAAGGUGGAAAAUACGGGAAUGCUCUCCAAGCUGCAUCUUUUGGAGGACACGACAAGAUUGUGCAGUUGCUGCUUGAGAAGGGAGCCGAUAUCAACGCCCAAGGUGGAAAAUUCGGGAAUGCUCUCCGAGCUGCGUCUUUAAGAGGACACGAUAAGAUUGUGCAGUUGCUGCUCGAGAAAGGAGCCGAGAUCAACGCCCAAGGUGGAGAAUACGGGAAUGCUCUUCAAGCUGCGUCUUCUCAAGAACAGGAUAAAAUUGUGGAAAUCGUCUAG